UAACAAUUCUAGUGAUGAUCCCGAAGGUGAGAGUUCCUGCCAAUUUUGGAAGAGAAUUGAUAAACUCCCCAGUGCAUGGAAACCUGGUGCUGAAUCUGAGAGAUGGAUCAGUGUUGAGGGUAAACUCUGUUAUAAUGUCCCUUAACAGUCCUGUUAUUGGUAAUUUCACCACCAACCUUUGUCAGUCUUCCCACGAGAUGGAUGACUUUAGUGUUGAAGCAGUACAUUGUUUUGUUGAUGCUAUGUACUCUGGUGAAUCUGAGAUGCUGAACAGAUUAAACUUUGAGGACGUUAACAAGAUGGCCCAUGUUUUCGAAGUGAGCUGGUUUAGAAAGAAAUGUUUGAAGUUCUUUAAAACAGAUGUUCUGAACUUUGAGAACAAUUCAUAUGAGGAGAUUCUGUUUGCCUGUGAGAUUGCCAGUCGAGCAUACUUCAAUCUGAAACAAAGCAAGUUUGUGGAUCUAUUUGUCAGAAACAUGACGACCAGGAACAUAGGAAAAAGAGUAUUUUUACGGAAAUACAUGUCUAACUUUGAUGAGCUGUCAAAACGUCAGAUCAACAUGGCAGUUCAGAUAGCCGGGAGAGAAUUAAACAUUGUGUUUGAUUGUUUAGUGAGUUAUCUCACGUUUGGGUUAAAAUACACAGGAUUUGAUGAGAACUCUUUGUAUUUACUCGAACAAGUAGAUAUGAGACUAUUUCAGCAAAGAUAUCCGGACCAGUUUGUUGAAGUAGUUGACCUGAUUACUGAACUGUCGGGAGGAUCUGAGGGUGGUCAAGUGAAAGAGUUGGUAGAAAAGGUGGUCAAGUUGAGGAGUGAAGUUGUAGCUGGUGGUUCUGAUGAGGUGCUAGAAGACAGUAAAUGUAGUGGAGAUUCUGAAGAAAGUGAUGAUGAAGAUUUACUUGAGGGUUGUAGACACGUUGCCACUCAAACUGAGGAGGCUAAAACAGGACCCUACCGAUACACUAGAGAGGAGAUGAUAGAUAAAAUCGUACCUGAUCUACCCUUGUCUUACUACUACCCGAAGUCCUACUGUAUUAUGGAUAGUCCUAUUCUUCCUAAUUUUGAAGAAGAACCACCAAUGCCAAGGGAACUUUUCGUGCCCUCGUGGCAGAUUAGAAAUGGGAAAAUGGUAAUGACCGACCGCGACCCCAUGGCCUUCACGGUCAAACAUACUCGCGCACUUAUCCAGACUCACAAGAAGAAUCCUAAUGCGUGGCUCUCUAAACGAAAAAGAAAGAAUUACCCUGGAGAAUUGCGGGACUUGAAAAUGCUGCGCGGCAACAUCCUGGGUACUCUCAACAAAAUUACUCCACAAAACUUCAAGGAUUUAAGUGUGCAGAUACUGCAGCUGGGUAUUGAUAACAUGGAAAAACUGGAGAUAGCAGUGGAGAUUAUUUUUGAGAAAGCCGUGUUGGAGCCACUCUACAGUGAGACUUAUGCUAUUGUUUGUAAGAUAAUGGGAUCGAUUAAGUUUCCGGAGGAGCAGAACUCCAAAGUGUCUCCGUUCAGAAAGACUCUGCUGAACAGAUGUCAGAAGGAGUUUUUCAGAGAAAAGAGCGAUGAGGAUAAACUCAACAAAAAGAUGGACGAACUUCAGGCCCGUACUGAUUUGGCCGAGAACGAGAAGCAGGCACAGAUGGAGGAGCUGCUGUACCAGCGCAGUAAGCUAAAGAAGAAGAUGCUGGGUAACAUCAACUUCAUUGGGGAACUCUUCAAUUUGGGCAUGUUGUCCUCUAAAAUCAUCCUCAGCCAGUGUAUUGGUAACAUGCUGGCUAAACGAGCACAAGGAAAGUUACAUGACGAAGUGGUGGAAUGUCUCGCUAAGUUGUUUUCUACCGUCGGACUAAAACUUGAGAACGAUUGCGACGAUGAACUUAAGAAACGAGCUUUCGAGAAAAGUUUCGGUGACUUCAAAGAAUUUGGAUCAAAUUCGAACUACGCGUACCGUAUCCGGUUUAUGAUACAAGACGUCGUGGAGUUGCGUGAUAAUAACUGGGUGCCGCGCCGUAAGAUGGAGGCUGCCGUAGCAUCAAGCAGCAGGGAAUCUAAAUCGAGAGCAGACCUCCCUAAUGAGCGAGGAGCUCCACGCUAUUCGCGCUUCUCAUCUCCUUAUUCACGAAAUGAAACACCCCAGAGAUUUGGCAAAUCCUUUAACUUGGAGCUAGAGUAUAUUCAGGACUCCGAUGAUGGAUACUAGUGGAAUGUUUGCGAGUAGUUUUCAUAUUUUGCGGGAACUAGUACUUCCAAGCUAUUUUGUGAGGAUCAUGGUGUAGUUGUAGAGUGAUGACUACAACAAGGCUCACCCUUUACGUGCCUGGAUUCCAGGUUGAUGUUAUUCAAGUGAGGAUCAAGGAUUUUAGUUGUGUGAUCUGAGUGUUUUUUAUCGCAACCUCUUAAUAACUGAAUAUGAUAAAUUUGGUCGCUGCUAAUCUAUUGUUAUUUAGAUAUGUUGAGCUUUAUAUUUUGUCUUUACUUCUAAACUUCCUCGUUGUAUCUUUGUAUAUUUUAGGUACGAGGAAAAUUUCUGCCCUGAUUUUGUUAUGAACUUCGUUGCAAAGCAAGUAUUAAAGAGUAAAACUGGUGCUUUGACAGACAAACCAGACAAACUACUUUACUUUACUUUAAGUAACAAAAUACUUUCCCAGAUUUCUGAUUCAUGUAAAUCCUCA